GUUUUUAUGUUAUUUUUACCCUUCUUCCUGAUUCCCUCUAUUUUUGUGUACACCUAUAUUUAUGGAAAAUAUCACAAUAGCCUCGUACAUUGUACAGUUACCCUUUCGGACAAUAUUCCUGUAAUUACGCGACAGUUGUGAAUCAGCCAUUGCUUCUUUGCUUACAGUCGAAGCACAAAAAAGGAAACUCGAGAGCCCCACAUAAAUUCUUUCAAUUCAGACACUCUCUCAGUCUGUCCUAGUCAACGGCGGCGAUCAAUUCAUGAAUGAGGAAGAUCACGGAGAUGAGAUCGGAGACGUUGACUCUUAUCCUGGUGAAUUUGGCCGGAAUAAUGGAACGCGCCGAUGAAUCUCUGCUGCCGGGAGUGUACAAGGAAGUCGGGGCGGCGCUGCAUGCCGACCCAACUCGCCUCGGCUCUCUCACGCUUUUCAGAUCCAUCGUGCAGUCCUCGUGCUACCCCCUCGCCGCCUACCUCGCCGUCCGCCACAACCGGACCUCCGUCAUCGCCCUCGGCGCUUUCCUCUGGGCCGCCGCCACUUUCCUCGUCGCCAUCUCCUCCACUUUCGCCGAGGUGGCAAUAUCAAGAGGUCUAAAUGGGAUAGGGCUAGCCAUAGUCACACCAGCAAUCCAGUCUCUUGUUGCUGACUCAACCGAUGACACAAAUCGUGGCACCGCCUUUGGUUGGCUGCAAUUGACAGGAAACUUGGGUUCCAUCAUCGGGGGCCUCCUCUCCGUUCUCAUAGCCUCCACAUCGGUCAUGGGAAUCCCUGGUUGGAGAAUUGCAUUCCACCUCGUUGCAAUAUUAAGUGUCGUGAUUGGUGCUUUAGUCCACCUGUUUGCCAAUGAUCCUCGAUUUAUUGAUAGUGAUGGUAAGAAGAAAGAGCAACCUCCACAUAAGCCAUUCAAGGAGGAAGUGAGGGAACUCGUUAAAGAAGCAAAAGCGGUUAUAAAAGUGCCUUCGUUCCAGAUAUUGGUUGCUCAAGGCGUCUCUGGAUCAUUCCCAUGGUCAUCUCUGUCGUUUGCUCCUAUGUGGCUAGAGCUCAUGGGCUUCUCUCACAAGAAAACAGCAACCAUCUUGACACUGUUUAACGUUGCUGGAUCUCUUGGAGGUUUGUUUGGCGGGAAGAUGGGCGACACGCUUGCCAAACCAUUACCAAAUGCUGGUAGAAUUAUACUCUCUCAGAUAAGCUCUGGCUCGGCCAUCCCCUUAGCUGCUAUUUUGUUGCUCGGAUUGCCCGAUGACCCUUCCACCGCCGCAAUGCAUGGUUUCGUGUUCUUUGUUAUGGGAUUUUUCAUCUCUUGGAAUGCCCCAGCAACUAACAAUCCAAUAUUUGCAGAAAUAGUGCCAGAGAGAGCUCGAACGAACAUCUAUGCUCUGGAUCGAUCUUUUGAGUCUAUCCUUUCUUCAUUUGCUCCACCAGUGGUCGGAAUAUUAGCUCAGCGGGUGUACGGAUAUAAGCCCCUCCCGGCAGGACCGGUAGACUCAAAAUCAAUUGAGACAGAUAGAGAAAAUGCUGCAUCACUUGGCAAAGCCCUUUACACUGCAAUAAGCAUCCCUAUGGCCAUUUGCUGCGCCUUCUACUCGUUUCUCUAUUGUACGUAUCCGAGGGACAGAGACCGAGCAAGAAUGGAAGCCUUGAUCCAAUCAGAAAUGCUGGAGAUAGAAACAGAAAACUCCGGCUUAGUGGAAGAACGCCCUCAGCUUCGUGUAUCACUAAACAACAGUGUAGAGGAAAGAACUGUGAUCGAUGUGGAUUAUGAAGGAGAUGCAAGUCUCGAGUUUGAUGAGAACGACGAGCAGAGACUGCUCUCUCGUGAUGGGGGCAAAGUGUAGACAUGCUGAGUUUCAGCACCAACACAUGGGAAUUCUUCAAGAGGUUAGUACAUCUUGGAAUGUUGCGAGCUUGCAUAAUCAAAUUGUAUGAUUUUUAGACAACAUAGAUACAUAUACACAUCCAUUUAUUCAACAAGAUUCUUUCCAAAGUUUUGUGUGUCUCGUAAAGAAGAACAGCAUUUUCGAAUGAUAUUGGACUAUGAUUUGAGAUUGGUAUUUGAAUAUGAUCUAAACUCUAAA